AUGGAACGAAAUUCAAUCCCACAAGGCCUCACCCAAGAAGAAUACUCCCAUCUUCAACUCUUAAUCAAUGCCUACCACAUGUUCGACAAAAUUCCCAACACAUGCACCUCCCUAAUCACUCAACGAAUCGACGCUCCAACCAACAUUGUGUGGCCGCUGGUCCGUCGUUUCGAUAACCCACAAAGAUACAAACAUUUUAUCAAGAGCUGCAAUAUGUUCGGUGACGGUGGCGUUGGCAGCAUUCGUGAGGUGACGGUGAUUUCCGGGCUGCCGGCCUCCACCAGCACCGAAAGACUCGAGCUUUUGGAUGACGAGAAACAUAUAUUGAGUUUUAGAGUUGUGGGUGGUGAACACAGAUUGAAUAACUAUCUUUCCGUAACUUCUGUUAAUGAGUUUAAGAAAGAAGAAAAAGUUUACACCAUUGUUUUGGAGUCGUAUAUUGUUGAUAUACCGGCAGGAAACACGGUGGAGGACACAAAGAUGUUCACAGAUACUGUUGUCAAAUUGAAUCUACAGAAGUUGGGUCUUGUUGCGAUGUCGUCUUUGCAUGGAAAUGAAUGA